AUGGCCGAUGCCUCCACUUCAAUCCUCUUUUUCUACCUAUCGAUCGCAAUCCUCCUCAUCUCCUCGAUCGCGGCCGAUGUGGGCAGGGACCACGAGCUGAGCUGGAUGCUGCCGGCCCCGACAAGGGCCCCGGGGUGCCGGGGCCCGAUCGCCGAGUGCCUGGCUGAGGACGAGUUCGAGAUGGAUUCCGAGAUCAACAGGCGGAUCCUGGCGACCGCGAAGACGCACAUCAGCUACGGGGCGCUGCAGCCGGGCACCGUGCCGUGCUCCCUGAGGGGAGCAUCUUACUACAACUGCAGGCCCGGCGCCGAGGCGAAUCCAUACAACCGUCCCUGCAGCGUUAUUACUCAGUGUCGUAGCUGAGAAAAGUGAAGUGACUGUAUAUGUAAUCCUAUGUGCUUCUUGCCGUUCCCUUGUGCUUGUGGUAUGGACAUGUUCAUGACUAAGAUGACAUGGUACAAUCAUGUAAAGAAGCUGAAACUUUGAUUUGUUC